AGAGGGGCGUUUUCUUUAACAGGAAGUAUGACCGGGGUGUGUUGUGAUAACAGUCCUGUUAUUUAGCUAUUUUCAGUCCCGAAACCGGGUUAUUAUAUAUUUGCGAAUUUUGAUUUUUAGUCGUUUUUUCAGACAUUUUAGUGUAAUGUUAGCAGCAGUUUAUCUGCAUGUUUUUGCCGUAAUAUCUGUCGUUGUUUGUCUCCUAGCUUAGCCGAACGAAACAAGUUAGCUAGCACAGGAGAGCACGGAGAUAGUGAUAUUGUUUUAUUACUUUUUCCUUAACUUAACGUCCUUUUUUCAGAAGGGCUUACAUGCUUUUGCCAAAUAUAACAGCAGGGGGCUGUCUUUAAAAAUGUCGCUAACAGAGGACGUCUCUACGGACGAGCUGCCCUGAAAGCUGACCCUGUCUGUCAGAUGAGUUGCUCGCCAAAAUGUCCUGCAAGUCAACCAAAGUGGCUCCCAGUGUUGAUUUUGACCACAGCUGUUCGGAUAGUGUGGAGUAUUUGACUCUUAACUUUGGGCCAUUUGAGACAGUACAUAGAUGGAGGAGACUCCCUCCGUGUGAUGAAUUUGUCGGUGCAAGGCGCAGCAAACACACUGUUGUGGCCUACCGGGAUGCCAUAUAUGUGUUUGGAGGGGAUAAUGGGAAAAACAUGCUGAAUGAUUUACUUCGCUUUGAUGUCAAGGACUGCUCUUGGUGUCGAGCUUUCACCACUGGAACUCCACCUGCUCCAAGAUACCACCACUCGGCAGUGGUCUAUGGCAGCAGCAUGUUUGUCUUUGGGGGCUACACCGGAGAUAUUUAUUCCAAUUCAAACCUGAAAAACAAAAAUGACCUUUUUGAGUACAAGUUUGCCACCGGACAGUGGACAGAGUGGAAAGUGGAAGGAAGCUUACCAGUUGCCAGAUCUGCACACGGUGCAACAGUUUACAGCGAUAAGCUUUGGAUCUUUGCUGGUUAUGAUGGAAAUGCCAGGCUGAAUGACAUGUGGACAAUCAGUCUGCAGGACAGAGAGCAUGCAUGCUGGGAAGAGAUCGACCAGAGUGGAGAGAUCCCGCCCUCUUGCUGUAACUUCCCUGUUGCUGUAUGCAGGGAUAAGAUGUUUGUGUUCUCCGGUCAGAGUGGCGCCAAAAUCACUAAUAAUCUCUUUCAGUUUGAGUUUAAAGGCCACAUGUGGACACGCAUCCCUACAGAGCAUUUACUGCGAGGCUCUCCUCCUCCUCCUCAGAGGCGCUAUGGACACACCAUGGUCGCUUUUGACCGCCACCUGUAUGUAUUCGGAGGGGCUGCAGACAACACUCUCCCCAAUGAGCUCCACUGUUAUGAUGUGGACUCUCAGACCUGGGAGGUGAUUCACCCCAGUCAAGAUAGUGAGAUGCCAAGUGGGAGACUUUUCCAUGCUGCUGCUGUAAUUCAAGAUGCCAUGUACAUCUUUGGAGGGACUGUGGACAACAACGUACGCAGUGGGGAGAUGUACAGAUUCCAGUUCUCAAGCUACCCAAAGUGUACCCUUCAUGAGGAUUAUGGAAAACUGUGGGAGAACCGUCAAUUCUGUGAUGUGGAGUUUAUUCUGGGCGAGAGAGAGGAGAGAGUCUUGGGGCACAUAGCCAUAGUUACUGCAAGGUGUCAGUGGCUUCGGAAGAAAAUCCUGCAGGCCAGAGACAGACAGCGGCAGCAAAGGACCAAACGAGAAAGCAGUGAGGAAAGUGACGAGGGAGCAGCUGGAGGCCCAAGAGAUGUCCCUGCAGGCAAUAAGUCAUCAGGCACUCAGCCCCUGCUGGAAGUAUCCAUCAGGGAAGCAGAAGCCCAGCCUUUUGAAGUCCUAAUGCAGUUUCUCUAUACUGACAAGAUUCAGUACCCCCGCAGAGGUCAUGUCCAGGACGUUCUUUUGAUAAUGGAUGUGUACAAACUGGCUCUAAGUUUUAAGCUUUCCCGCCUGGAGCAGCUUUGUGUGCAGUACAUCGAGGCAUCCGUAGAUCUGCAGAACGUUCUUAGUGUCUGUGAGAACGCCAACAAGCUGCAACUGGACCAGCUCAAGGAACACUGUCUCAACUUUGUGGUGAAGGAGUCCCACUUUAAUCAGGUGAUCAUGACGAAAGAGUUUGAGCGUCUCUCCACCCCACUGAUAGUGGAGAUAGUGCGGCGGAAGCAGCAGCCUCCUCCCAGAGUGUAUUCAGACCAGCCUGUGGACAUCGGGACCUCCCUGGUCCAGGAUAUGAAAGCCUACCUGGAGGGAGGAGGUCUGGAGUUCUGUGACAUCAUUCUGCUGUUAGACGGCCAUCCUCGACCCGCACACAAAGCCAUACUUGCAGCUCGAUCCAGUUACUUUGAGGCGAUGUUCCGCUCUUUCAUGCCAGAAGAUGGUCAGGUGAAUAUAUCCAUUGGUGAAAUGGUCCCAAGCAAGCAGGCUUUCGAAUCGAUGCUUCGCUACAUCUACUACGGUGACGUCAACAUGCCUCCAGAAGAUUCUCUCUAUCUGUUUGCUGCUCCGUACUACUACGGCUUUUCCAAUAACAGGCUCCAGGCUUACUGUAAGCAGAAUCUGGAGAUGAAUGUGACUGUGGAGAACGUCCUGCAGAUCCUGGAGGCAGCAGAUAAGACUCAGGCUUUAGACAUGAAGAAACACUGCCUCCACAUUAUCGUCCACCAGUUCAUCAAGGUAUCCAAGCUCCCCAAUCUGCGGUCUCUCAGCCAGCUGCUGUUGUUGGACAUCAUUGAGUCUCUAGCUACGCACAUAUCAGACAAACAGUGUGCUGAAAUGGGCUCUGAUAUUUAGGGUGAAUCAAAGAAGAGACAUUUUCUUCUAAAAAAGCCAUACAUGUCCUAUCUAUAUAUUUCUAUUCAUUACUGCUUCACCAACAUUUAUUUUAUUUUAUUUAUGCUUUAGGAUUUUUCUUUACCCUGCAUGUCUGAGACGUGUGUAUGAUAAAUGGCUUUUUAUCUACACUACAUAUUUUCUCUCACUGUGUAAAAUCAAAGAAACCAGAAUGUGGCUUAGAAAUGUUUAUACUGUUAAAUAAAAUAUGUACUUUAUCAGUUAUUUUAUAUAUACAACCAUUUGGAAGCCUGUUCUCUGCUCAGUAUUUAUCUUUUUUUUUUUAACCCAUAUGAAUUUUACUGAUCAUGCUUGUUGCAGUAUGUUUAAAAUAUGUUGAAGCAUCAUUAAGUCAAUAAAAAUGCAAUUUAAGCGCCA